AUGACAAAAACGACGGCGGUAGAAGCAAUAGUAGCAAUAGUGCUAGUAGUAGCAGUAGUUGUAGCAAUAGUAGUAGUAGUAGUAGUAGUUAUAGUAAUUGUUGCUGCAGCAAAGGUAAUGGUAGUAGUAAUAGUAGUAAUAGUAGUAGUAGUAGUAGUAGUAAUAGCAGUAGUAGUAUUAAUAGUAAGAACAAGAACAACAACAAUAACACCACCACCACCACUAUCAUUACCAUUAUGUUCAACACCAUCACCAUUAUUGCCGACAAUAAAACAGCAGUAA